AUGCAAGGCUUCUCCUGGGAGAACCACAGCUCUGUGUCAGAGUUCAUCCUUCUGGGCUUCUCCAGGGACUUCCAAGUUAAUGUAAUCCUCUUCAAUGUCUUCUUCAUCCUCUACCUCUCUACACUUGUGGGCAAUGGACUCAUUGUUACCUUGAUCCACCUGGACUCCCGCCUCCACACACCCAUGUACUUCUUCCUCAGUGUCCUGUCCAUGCUGGACAUGAGCUAUGUCACCACCACAGUGCCCCAGAUGCUGGUGCAUCUUGUCUGCCAGAAGAAAACUAUCUCCUAUUCUGGGUGUGUGGCCCAGAUGUACAUCUUUCUGGUGUUAGGCAUCACUGAGGGCUGGUUGUUCUCUGUCAUGGCCUAUGAUAGAUAUGUAGCCAUUUGCCACCCACUCAGAUACAAGGUUAUCAUGAGGCCUUGGCUGUGUGGGGCAAUGGUGGUCUUCUGUGGACUGUGGGGUGUCAGCUGUUCUCUAGUCUACACUGUCUUCACUAUGAGGCUGCCCUACUGUGGCCCCAAUGAGAUCAAUCACUUCUUCUGUGAGGUCCCUGCUGUUCUGAAGCUUGCCUGUGCAGACACAUCCCUCAACGACCAAGUCGAUUUUAUCCUGGGUUUCAUCCUUCUCCUGGUACCCCUUUCCUUCAUCCUGGCCUCGUAUGUCUGCAUCUUCGCUACCAUUCUGAGAAUCCGCUCAGCCCAAGGUCGGCUGAAGGCCUUUUCCACCUGUGCCUCCCACAUCACUGUGGUCACCAUGUUCUGUGGCCCUGCCAUGUUUAUGUACAUGAACCCUGGGGCCAACGCCUCCCCAGAGAGGGACAAGAAACUGGCCCUGUUCUACAAUGUCAUCUCUGCCUUUCUCAACCCCAUAAUCUACAGCCUUAGAAACAAAGAUGUGAAGAGGGCUUUCUUCAAAGUAACAGGCUGGGGAGGAGCCACUGAGUGAGGCCGCCAAAACACAGAAGGCCACAACUGGACCCCCAAAAACAGUCUGUGGCCCUUAAGCCCCAUUGCUCCUCAUCACACAGGGGAUGGGCAAGAAUCUUUCACUGAUGGUUAAGAGAGAUGAUGUGCAAAUGUAGAUUCCUGUCUGACCUGCUCAUGCUCUAGAGGGUGUGCUAUUCUCAAGCAUCAAGGGAUCCACCUGGAGACAGAGGGCCAAGUAUCUGCUUCAUUUCUGUUCCAGGGCCAGCAGAGGCUGUGACACAAGUGAAGAAUCAUUAGCAUCGCUGUUGAGUGACAGUGCCUGAUAAUGGGGCAUAUUAAAUCAACUCAGGAUGCCAAUACGAGGUAUUGACCCCGAAUCAAUAACUUCAUGUCACCUCAACCAGGAGCAAGAACAGUCUUCAGAAGAGAGAAAGUGACCUCACUUCUCUGUUCGUGGUGGUAGAACACCUAACAGGAACAGCUAAAGGAAGGAAAAGUUCACAUUGGCUUGCAGUUCUAGAAUACGAUCUAUCAUGGUGGGGAGAUGAUGUCGACAGGAGCCUGAGGCAGCUGCUCACAUUGCAGGCACAGUCAGGAAGCAGAGGAAAAUGAAUGCUCAUGCUCAGCCUCAUAUCUUCUUUUUAUUCAGCACAAGACCUUGGUCUACAGAAUGGUGUUACCUACGGUUAGGGUGUAUCUUCCCACCUCAGCUAACCUAACCUAGAUAAGCCCUCACAGGCUUGCCUAGAGAUCAACCUAAUGUAGAUGAUAAACCCUCACAGGCAUAGCCAGAGGCUAACCUAAUCCAGAUAAACCCUGACAGCACACUCAGAGAUUGUCUCCUAGGGGAUUCCAGAUCCCAUCAAGUUGACAAUAUUAAACAUCACAUUAGGAAUAGGAUAUAGCGGGGCUGGAGAGAUGGCUCAGUGGUCAAGAGCACUCACUGCUCUUCCAGAGGACCUGUGUUCAAGUCCCAGCAAGCACAUAGCAGCUCACAAUAGUCUGUAAUCCCAAUUCCAGGGGACCCAACAACCAUGGCAAAACACCAAUGCACAUAAAAUUAAAAUAAAUAAAAUUUUCAAAAAGGAAUAGGAUAUAGGGAUUGUUCAUCAUCGAUGCAUCACUCUCCUGAGCCUCAGGAUAUAUGAUACACCAGAUCCUUCAGCAGACACCCUCUCAGUUCACAGUUGACGCAUCAUCUGACUUAAAUAAUCAGGAUUACAAGCUUGUACCUUGUAGACUGAUGCCUUGUCUGUAAAAUUGGGAUGGAUAAUAAUUAUAGCAAACAGCCACCUUAGGGGACUGUUGUGAGAGGUUAAAAUAGUUGAAGUUCUCUGCAUGAUGCUUGGCAUGUUGCAUCUCUGUAGAAACAUCACUGUUCUAUUCUAUUCCAUAUCUAUUCCUAACAUCCCAGGUGUCAAGCAACAUCUGAGACUAUCUCAGCCCAGGGAGGGCAGCCACUCUGUCCUUAGGAAAGGAAUAGCCAAUGACAAGCUUGGCGUUUGUUUGUGUUUCAGUCUGCU